UCUGUCAGGCCUCUGGAUUACUGUGGGUGUGUGUAUGACUGUGUGUGUGCGUGUGUGUAUGUGUACAGUGUUUUCCGUACCAGUAAAGAUACUUUAUCCUAAGUAUGCUGCAUUGAUGUUUUUGGAUGAAGGGAGAAAGAGAGUGUGUGCAUAUUUGUGUGGAAAUUCUAACACUGAAGACUGAUUGCACAGGUGUGGAAAUUUGAUGAUCAUCACAAAUUAGUGGAAACAAGGAAGGUUUUGAUCAAAGUGAGGCAUGGAGGUGCGGUUUGGGUUCAGGCUCUCUCUGAUCCUGACCAUUACGGUGCUAACCCUGUGCAGUAAUGGGGUUAAAGGUCAGAGAGCAGGGUGUAAAAACGUCCACUAUGACCUGGUUUUCAUUCUGGACACUUCAUCCAGCGUGGGCAAAGACAACUUUGAAAAGAUCCGUCAAUGGGUGGCCAACCUGGUGGAGUCCUUUGACAUAGGCGAAGACAAGACACGCGUGGCUGUUGUGCGCUACAGUGACCGGCCCACCACUGAGUUCAACCUGGCCAGGUACAAAAGCUUGGAGGAGGUCAAGAGGGCUUCCAGGAACAUCCGAUACCUGGGAGGGAACACCAAGACGGGAGACGCCAUCAGCUACACCACCACCAACAUCUUCACGGUGCAGGCAGGAGCCAGGCCCGCCGCCAGGGGCAUCCAGAAGGUGGCGAUAUUGCUAACGGAUGGGAGGAGCCAGGAUUACGUCUUGGAGCCGUCCGUGGAGGCGGCCAAGGCUGGCAUCCGCAUGUUUGCCGUGGGCAUUGGGGAGGCACUGAAAGUGGAGCUGGAGGAGAUAGCGGCUGAACCCAAAAGCUCGCACGUCUUCCACGUGACGGACUUCGACGCCAUUGACCGAAUCAGAGGGAGACUGAGAAGAAGGCUCUGUGAGAAUGUUCUGUGCCCCAACAUGAAGGUGCAGGCCAACCGCUUCAAGCCCAGCAGCACGGGAGCGGGCCAGAAGGAAGUUCCAGGCUUCGACCUGAUGGAGUACUUCAACGUGAGAGACAUUCUGGGGGAGAAGGCAGAGCCUGGACACGGUGCCUACGUGAGACUGGGCACCAUGCCUAUCGUCCAACAGACGGAAGACGUGUUCCCUCAGGGUCUUCCUGACGAGUACGCCUUCGUCACCACCUUCAAGUUCAGGAAGACAUCUCGCAGGGAGGACUGGUACCUGUGGCAGGUGUACGACAAGUAUGGCAUCCCGCAGGUCUCCAUCCGUCUGGACGGUGAGAACAAGGCCGUGGAGUACAAUGCGGUGGGUGUGACCAAGGACGCGGUCCGGGCGGUCUUCCGCAACCCAGAGGUAGACAACCUGUUCGACCGCAACUGGCACAAGAUUGGCCUGCGCGUGGAUGCGGUGUCCGUAGCCCUCUACCUGGACUGUAAGCACGUCCAGACGCUGCCCAUCGAGGAUCGGCAGGACAUCGAGAUCCAGGGCAAAACCGUCAUCGGCAAACGGUUGUACGACAGUGUCCCAAUAGACUUUGACCUUCAAAGGAUGGUGAUCUACUGUAACUCUAAGCAGGUAGAGCAGGAGACAUGUUGUGACCUGCCUGGAGGCCCUUGUCCCACGCAUGUGGUUACUGAGCCUCCGCCCAUCGAGAUCCCCACUCCGACCCCCACGAGCGGGGAGCAGAAGGGUGAAACACAUGCGGUCAACUGCUCCUGUCCUCCAGGGGAAAGGGGUCAGACUGGCUUGCCUGGUGUCCAAGGCCCCAAGGGUGAAAAGGGAGAUCCUGGCCUUAUGGGCACUGAUGGACCACAAGGACCAAAGGGCCAGAAAGGAGAAGCUGGCAGAGCAGCCUCUAUCAAGGGGGAUAGAGGUGAGAAGGGGGACAGAGGUGAGCAUGGACAGACUGGGACCAGAGGAGACAAGGGAGUCAGGGGAUCUGAUGGCACACCAGGACUAGUAGGAAAACCAGGAGACAAAGGCGAACAAGGUGAGCCAGGGCUUCCUGGAGCCCCUGGUGUGUCUGGUCCACAGGGCCUACAGGGACCUCAUGGUGAUUCAGGACUCCAUGGAGCACCCGGUCCUAAAGGAGUUUCUGGUGAUCCUGGCAAAAAAGGAGAAAAAGGAACCAUAGGAGAGAGGGGGGAGCCAGGUUUGGACGGCUUUCCUGGUAAACCUGGAGUUCCAGGAAAAGAUGGACUGAGAGGUCUUGCUGGUGCGCCAGGGCCAGUCGGAGUGAAAGGAGACAAGGGGGAAAGAGGCCCAGCUGGCAUACCUGGAGACGUGGUCCACAUGGAAGGCUUGAAGGGACAAGAUGGCAUCCCGGGUCCACGUGGUCCUCCAGGAGCUGACGGGCCCUCUGGACCUCCUGGUCCACCUGGACCUCCAGGUUUGCCGGGAGACCCGGGUGAAACUGGACAAAGGGGAAAGAAAGGUGAGAGUGGCCUUCCCGGAGUUGAUGGCCUUCCAGGACCACCCGGUCCUGUAGGACCCCCUGGACCUCCUGGUAGUCAGGGGCAUACUGGACCACCUGGAUUACCUGGUGAAAUCGGCUUCUCCGGAAAACCAGGAGCAGCAGGGAAACCUGGUCUGCCGGGAAAGGACGGCCUGGAUGGUCUCCCUGGAAACGAUGGAGGGAAGGGUCAGAGAGGUGAACCGGGGCUAGAUGGCCUGCCUGGUAAACCGGGUCCAAAGGGUGACGAAGGUCCUCCGGGACCCCGGGGACCAGCAGGAGAGCGUGGAGAGACUGGUCUGCUGGGUGAGACAGGUUUGAUGGGACCUAGAGGAGAAAGAGGACCACAGGGAGAGAGAGGGACUGACGGUGUCCUUGGCCCUAAAGGAGAGAAGGGAGACAAGGGAGAAGUAGGACCCAGAGGAGCCCCAGGAGCUCCAGGAAAUGUGGCCAAUGUUAUUCCAGAGCCUGGUGAACCAGGAAGGCCUGGGGAGAAGGGGGAAAAGGGAGACCAGGGAAAAUCUGGAGAAGUGGGUCAGAGGGGACUUCCCGGUGAGCAGGGCUUUCGAGGACCACCUGGACCUCCGGGAGUGAAGGGUGAUGCAGGAGUCAAAGGAGACACUGGACUUAAUGGCGAGCCUGGACCGCCAGGAGAGCCCGGUCCCCAGGGGCCUCGAGGGUUGCCAGGCAACGUGGGAAUCCCAGGAAGUAUCGGUCCACCUGGCGUAGCAGGGCAGAGAGGUGAGAAGGGAGACACAGGGAAAAACGGUCCUCCAGGCCACCCUGGUCUCGUCGGAGAGCCAGGUCUCAGAGGAGAAGUGGGAUUACCUGGGAAGGGCAAAGAUGGAGCGAAGGGUGAUGCAGGAUCACCAGGAUUGCCCGGACCUCCAGGAUUGAAAGGCCCAUCUGGAAAUCCAGGAAUGCAGGGGAUGCCAGGAAAUAGAGGCCCUCCAGGAGAGGGAAACACCGGACCACCUGGACCCCCAGGCCCACCAGGUCUGUUAGGAGCAGCAGGUCCGAGGGGACCGCCAGGCAUGCCAGGGCCUCAGGGACCCGCCGGACACAAUGGGUUGCCAGGAAGGCUUGGUGAGAAAGGUUCCCAAGGAGAGCCGGGCAAAGCUGCAGACCUGAGCCAGCUUGAUCUGAAGGGAAUUUGUUCUGAUUGCCCCCCGGGCCCUGUUGGUCCUCCUGGAAUCCCAGGACCUCCAGGGGAGAAAGGCCCCACUGGAGCACCAGGAAAGAACGGCCAGGACGGGUACCAGGGCUCACCUGGACCAACUGGGCCUCCGGGACCACCUGGAGCUGAUGGAACCAAGGGGGUGAAAGGUGACAGAGGGCUGCCAGGAACGCCUGGAGACAAAGGUGAAAAGGGACCUCCUGGACCACCUGGCUAUCCAGGUGCAGCCGGAUCAAUGGGUCAACCUGGUAACGAUGGCAACCCUGGACCUAUGGGCCCUCCUGGACUUCCGGGAGAAAAGGGUAAAGAGGGACUCGCUGGAAUCCAGGGCCCUCCCGGUCUCCCUGGAUUAAUGGGGAUGAUGGGCAAGCCUGGGAAAGAUGGCCGUCCAGGAGAAUCAGGAGAGCCGGGUAAACAGGGAGAACCAGGACUUCCUGGAAGAGAUGGAUUAAGAGGACUUCCUGGUUUUAAAGGCCAUACAGGAGAGCCUGGACCACCAGGGUCAAAGGGUGAAGAAGGAAAACAGGGAGCCCCAGGCCGAGAGGGUCAGUCUGGAAAAGAUGGAAAUCAGGGACCUCCUGGGCCCGAAGGUGCCCGGGGACCAAGAGGUGAAUCGGGCAAACCUGGGGAUCCUGGGCCACCUGGAAAACCUGGAGCAUCAGGAAAUCCGGGUCUUCCAGGGGUCAAAGGGGAGAUGGGGAGUCCAGGAUUACCUGGCUUUACAGGCCAAAAAGGACCCUCAGGUUCGCCUGGUCCUAUCGGCCCUGAGGGCAAACAAGGCAUGUCAGGAAGACCUGGAGAUAAAGGUUCUAAAGGAGACAAGGGUGACCAUGGCAUCAAGGGAGACAAAGGCCAAAAUGGAGAUCCAGGAAUUCCUGGAAACCCAGGACCUCCAGGCAGAAAGGGCCAUACAGGGAUGAUGGGCAUGUCCGGACCCCCAGGGGAGGUGGGCCCAGCUGGGCCAUCAGGCACACCAGGCCUGCCUGGGCUUCCAGGACCCAGGGGAGAAUCAUCGUCCCUCGAAUCGAUGCGGAGGUUAAUUCAAGAGGAGCUGGCCAAACAACUAGAAGCUAAAAUGGCCUACCUCAUGGCCCAGUUUCAGCCCAUGCAUGUAAAGAGCACAGCUGGGCGUCCCGGCCCACCUGGAUCUCCAGGUAAAGAUGGAGCACCUGGACGAUCGGGUCCACCUGGAGAGCCGGGUAUGCCUGGCCAAAAUGGAGCAGAAGGACCCAGAGGUCCAAUGGGUCUUAAAGGUGAAAGAGGGUCCAAGGGAGAGAAAGGAGAAGAUGGUGUUGGACAGAGAGGAGAUCCCGGUCCAACAGGACCCAUUGGUCCACCUGGAAUGCCUGGAGAGGGGAAGGAUGGGCUUCCAGGAUCAGCUGGAGCUCAGGGUGAGCCAGGACACCCAGGCCCCCAUGGGCAGCCCGGACCGCCGGGACCGCCCGGGCAGUGUGACCCCUCUCAGUGUGCCUACUAUGCCAGCCUGGCAUCACGACCUCACGUUAAAAAUGUCAAGGGCACCUAAACCUAGGGCAACUAUAACCCUACACCAUGACGUAUUUAUGAACUUGGAGAUUCGGUGAAUCAAGAGUUUUUCCUGUCAAGAUUGGAGGGAACUUUGGUUUCAGGAAAGCUGAAAUGUUUGUAUUUGUGCGUGUGCAUGUGUGCGUGUGAGCCUGUGUGUGCAUGCACAUUCAUGUUCUGUCGGUCAGAUAUAACAGGGAGUUACUUUGUUUGGUGUGCCAGAGUGAGGAUUGGGGUGAAUUAUAGGAUGAGGGAGAUUAGUAAUUUAAAUAUAGCUCAAUUUCUUCCAUCAGGGAUAUUCAAGUUUGUCUGACCAAGUACUGUGCAGGCUUUCUAUGCACCCUGCAAAGUUUCUAUGCACCAUGUAAAAAGCCUUCUGUUGGUCCAGCAAGAGUUGCCACGGUUACAUUACCAGUCUUUCCCCAGACAGUCUGGAGACCCAUAGUGGUCUACAGACUAGCAUCUGCAGAAUUGCUCCAUUGUUGAAGAACUUUUCAGAAGUGGGGGCAAUUAUCCAGUGAAGAGAUUUAUCUUCUGAUGUUUUAUUGAUGUGCAGUGUGUGUACUAGGCAGUAAGGGACACAGGCAAAGAAUAAGAACAAAGAACACCCACUGGCACCGGGCCUCAGAUGAGAUCAUUAGCUAGCUUUUCUGCUCCAAGAUGCUAACUCAUACCCCCAUACGUUGUGUGACUGUAAAGAUUGUUUUACCCUAUUCAUUAUAUUCAGUUAUGAGGCUUGUGGCUGGUUUAUGUUUCUGAUUAAAUUAAGCCAGUUUAUAUCCAAUAUUGAAUCCCGGCCUGACUUUUGUAUCAUUUAGGAGGGGCAUAAAUUUUUCUUUUCAUGUACUCAGUGUCAAUUCAUAUAGUGUCAUGUUUCACACACUUACACUUACACUAUACAUGAGAAGUAAUUCAAAGGCAGAAUUAAGCUAAAAGAAGAGUUUGUUACCUAAUGUUUUUUUAUUUUUGUAAGACUCAAAAAUGGAAGCUCAGUUUAAUAGCAAUAGUGUAUAACUAUUAUAAGACUGGGCUGAUUACCAUAACUACCAUUACUUGAUGUCUGCAGUUCUAAAGUAAGAGCCUGAAAGUUGUGGGCGUCUCCCAGCCCAGCCUCUUGUGAGCCAAUUAAAGUUACUAGAAAAGAGAGACUCCAUUUCAGAAGCUGCAUGAAAUUACCCUGGGUGUCAACAUGGGAUUUUAUUUACCUGAAAUAAUAACCCUGCAAAGUUAUCAGGUCACAUUGAACUGUUUUUCUGUUUUCGGUAAGUUAGGGCACAUUGAAAUGGGGUCUGGGGAGGCAGGCAGACCUGGAGUAAGUUGUACACAUCUGUUUUCAGAAGGGAAGUUAGUCGGCCCUGCGUUGAUUACGUCCAGGUGCACCUUUCCUCACAACAUCGGGCUAGGUACAAAUAUAAAACACUAGGAUCAGUUUGAACUAAGGCUACUGUUACCCAUAAUUCAAAACCUAGUCAGUGUUGCAUUUAAUGAAGCCAUGAUUUUGUAAGAAGACACAAUAUGAUUGCGUUGAAGCUAAUUAUCACUUGGCCAGCUGCCUAGAAGCGACAAUUAGAGGACAUCCUAGUCAUCUUCACAACAGAGGGCCUGUUUUUGUUUGUGUUUGUUCAUGCUGUCUUAGUGUCACAGGUGAUAGGUGACAGGUCCAAAUAAUGUGGCACAUUUUGACAAGCUAAGCUCAUUACUCUAGCCUCAGGAUGCAAAUGAAGUACUUCUUACCCCGUUUGCUUGUAAACAUGAUGUCAGCAUUUUUUUUACUGCCUUCACGUUCCAUUCACCUUUUUUGUCCAUAUUUAGUUUUAAUGUUCUUUUUUCAUCAGCAGUUACAUUAAAUUAUUUUAAUGAACCACCAGUAAAGGCCUUGUGAAAUGGCCUGUGAAAUUUAUGCAUGGUAAAGUCUACCUGUUUAUAUUGAAUCUUUGGUGCUAAAGGUAAUCUAAACUAGGUCAAUGUAUAUGUAUGUAUAAGAAGGGAUUACACUUCAUAAUAAAGACUGGAUUAGUUCCAUUUU